GGCCAAAUGAGCACUACAUGAGAACUGUAAUUACAUCUCUCACUUUUGUUUGACUGGAGCAAUGUGGUGAUGGCACUUUACACUGUGUUUGUUUCACAUUUCAGUGCCAGGAGUUUGUGCACAAACUUUUUUUUUCUUAAGUGCACACACAAGGACCAACCAGGUCACAUGAUAGGACAUAAUGGACUCUGAUCCAGAUCAGAAAGAGAAGACGGUCGGAGCCUCCCAAAGGACUGUGUCCUCAUGUGAUUCUUACAGGCUGAUGAGUUGUUCCCUCACAGGGAAAAUCUGUGCUGCUUUAGCAUCAGCAGCCAGCUUAACCUCCUGGAGUUUGAAGGAGCUUUUCCUGAGUGACAAUCAACUUCAUGAUGUAGGAGCUCAGUAUCUCUCAGACCUCAUUAUUAAUCCCCACUGCAAACUGGAGAAACUACUGCUGUUUCGUUGUUUCCUCACAGAGAAGAACUGUGCUGCAUUAGCAUCAGCUGGAAGGUCCACCCCCUGCAGUUUGAAGGAACUGAACCUGAGUCACAAUGAACUUCAUGAUGCAGGAAUUCCGCAUAUCUCAGACCUUCUAAAGAACCCCCUCUGCAACCUGGAAAAUCUAGUGUUGGGGAAUUGUUCAUUAACAGAGAAGAGUUGUGCUCAUUUAGCAUCAGCUGCCAGCUCAACCUUCUGCAAUUUGAAAGAGCUGAACUUAGGAAGCAAUGAGCUUCAUGAUGCAGGAGUUCAGCAUCUAUCAGACCUCCUCAGGAAUCCCCACUGUAAAUUGGAAAAGCUAGUGCUGAGUGGUUUUUCCCUCACAGAGAAGAGCUGUGCUGGUUUUGCAUCAGCUGCCACCUCAGUCUCCUGCAGUCUGAAAAAGUUGAAUCUGAGUGACAAAGAUCGCCAUGAUGCUGGAGUUCAGCAUCUCUCAGACCUUCUCAGUAGUCUCCACUGCAAGCUGGAGAAACUAGUACUUGGGGCUUGUUCCCUUACAGAUAAGAGCUGUCUUGCUGUAGCAUCAGCUGCCAACUCAACCUCAUGUAGUUUAAAGAAACUGAUGCUGGGUAAGAAUGAUAUUCUUGAUGCAGGAGUUCAGAAUCUCUCAGACCUCCUUGGGAAUCCACACUUCAAACUGGAGAAACUAGAGUGA